CCGCGGGGCUCGAUCGGGCAACGGCGGUGGCAGCGGCAACUAGUCCUCCUCCUUCCUCAUCUCUUUGCUCUUCAUCUUCCUCCUCCUUUCCUUCCCGGCUGUGUCUCGUCCACUUACCCUAACGGCAGCCCCGAUCCUACGUAAAGGCAUGACUUUCCGGUACCGCAGGGAAAACAGGGUGCAAGCCCAGAAACUAUUUCCCCAUCACCACUUGUUGAAAAACUGACUUGGAGGCAUCUCCGGGUUUGAACAAACGGAAAGUACCAGGGAUUGAUGCGCCUCUAGUUUUGCUUGGAGACCCUUCACUACUAAGUAUCAAGACGAAAAGAACUGGAAACUAAUCAGAUCCUUAUUCGAAGUCAGAAUGGAACGAUUUGUAGUGACAGCGCCGCCUGCUCGAAACCGUUCUAAGACUGCUUUGUAUGUGACUCCCCUGGAUCGAGUCACCGAGUUUGGAGGUGAGCUGCACGAAGAUGGAGGAAAACUCUUCUGCACUUCUUGCAAUGUGGUUCUGAAUCAUGUUCGCAAGUCUGCCAUUAGUGACCACCUCAAAUCCAAGACUCAUACCAAGAGGAAGGCAGAAUUUGAAGAGCAGAAUGUGAGAAAGAAGCAGAGGCCCCUGACUGCAUCUCUUCAGUGCAACAGUACUGCGCAAACAGAGAAAGUCAGUGUCAUCCAGGACUUUGUGAAAAUGUGCCUGGAAGCCAACAUCCCACUUGAGAAGGCUGAUCACCCAGCAGUCCGUGCUUUCCUGUCUCGCCAUGUGAAGAAUGGAGGCUCCAUACCUAAGUCAGACCAGCUGAGGAGAGCAUAUCUGCCUGAUGGAUAUGAGAAUGAAAAUCAACUCCUCAACUCACAAGAUUGUUGACAAGGAGGUUACCACCAUUGUGAUCAAGAUAAAUAAUGUGGAGUAUUAAAGUUAUGUGUUAUUGUGUGGCUCAUUUUUAUAUUUAUUUCAUUAAAAUCAUGUGAUGCAGAAUAGUUUUGCAAUAUGUAUAUAGCUGCAGGAAAAAAAAAUACUGCAAAACUUACUGUUAAUUUUAGUCACCAACGGUAUACAGUAAAACUUAGGUUUAGAAUGUGCUAGGAUAUCUGAAACCUGAUGGUUAUCUUCAAAAUUGAUGGUUUUUCUCCUGAAAUGUGCAUGGAAGAACUGCCCUGCUAUUUUACCCUGUUGCCGUGUAUGACUAUUCCUUGUGAGGUUACUUAAUUAUUCUGAUUGAAGAUUGGCUUAGGAAAUUGAAGCUGCUGCCAGGCGACACCACUCAUAGUAACUUAAAGGAAUUGUUUCUGAUUACAGGAUCCUCUUCAAAAAGGAAGGGGUGGGAGGAAACUGUUCUUAUAUCUUCAAAUCCAUAGCAGAAAUGACUGUGUUUAUCUAUUUCAAACUAUGGUUUGCUUGUAUGUGAUGUUUAACUAUCCUUCAGUUCCUCACUGUCUUUUUUUUCCCCUUUUUAAAGGCUUGUUGUAUUUAGUAGCAGCUUCGACUGACCAAAAAAGGAGCCCUGGUGGUGCAGUGGUUAAGUGCUCAGCUGCCAACUGAAAGGUCAGCAGUUCAAACCCACCAGCUGCUCCAUGGGAGAAAAAUGUGGCAAUCUGCUUCCGUAAAAAGAUUUACAGUCUCGGAAACCUUAUUUGGGGCAGUUCUACUCUGCCCGAUAGUGUGGCCGUGAGUCAGAAUCAACUCACCGGCAGUGGGUUUGGUUUGGGUUUGGUCAGGUGACCAAAAGACUAAAAUCUUUCCUUUAAUGUCAGUGCCAAAAGCCUUGGGAAUUUUUGCAGUGACAAGAUUUUAGUCUCUUAACGAUAAACACUUUUUAACUAUAGCUUUUAUUUUAAGCGUCAUCUUGAAUUUGCAAACAUUUUUUAUGUCUUGGUAUUAAAAGAAUCCAAGAUUGGCAAGGUAGACAUUUUAUGGUGGAGUUUCCUGUUUCUACAGAGAAUUAGUAAAUACUUUUUGGCUGACAGAUCAGAUAAUAAUAUGGAAAUUAUUUUCCGUACAUUAAUUUUUUCAUAUGAUUUUAUAAGAUUAUUUAGGUAAAUAGACAAGGGACAAUUUCAUUCUUAACCUUCUUUGCCUCUGGUGGUACAGGUUUUGAAACAUGAUAGUAAACAACUCGAGAAAUUCUGGCAAGAUUUUUGUAGUGAAGAUCUGGCAGUAUCCUGCAUAACUAUUUGGAAGGGGAAAAUAAUCAGUUCUGAUAAUGGUCAACCAUGUUCAGGAAAUGAUUUCUCUGAACCUUACUAUUCUGGAAGGUUAUCAAAGUAGCUUAGUCCAGCUAAGUCCUCUCCAUCAGAGACCUAAAUUAUAUUUUUAAAAAUAAUAACAAAAAACUUGGAUUAGAGCUUUAAAAAAAAAAAAGUUCUUUGAAAAUAUUCAAGUUAAGAAUAUUUAUAAAAUAUAUUUCUAUUACAAAGCACUGACAAAUGAUUCCCUGUGUGACUUGGAGUUAUCUUUGAGGUCAUUUUUACUACAAAUCUUCAUUUGAAAAGCCGAAGUCGAAGUCAAUAGGAAAAAGCUUAGAUUUUGUAUUUUUUGGAAACAAUUUUCCAUAUCUAAGUUGCUUUUACAGACUUAAGUUCCUAGUUCAUGUUGUCAAAGUGGCCAUCUCAUUUUAGAUUUUAUGGUCUUUAAUUUUCAAUAAGCCUGC